UCAGAAGAUCUUCAUGUAACUGGCUGAAAAAUGGUUCUGCAAGAUGACAGCACCAACUCUAACACUGUUAAAAUGGAGAUUAUCUUCACUUUGACAUGAUGUGUGAAGUUUGUUAGUCAGCAUUUUUUGUUUGUUUUUUUUACAGUUAUUGUGGAAGGUUACAAAUGGUGUGGGUUUUUAUCAUGAACCGAAUGAGCUCCCAGAGCAGUUCAUCCACUCAGCGUAGGCGAAUGGCUCUAGGAAUUGUCAUUCUUCUCCUCGUUGACGUGAUAUGGGUUGCCUCUUCAGAACUCACUUCUUAUGUUUUUACGAAGUACAACAAACCUUUUUUCAGUACGUUUGCAAAAACAUCCAUGUUUGUUCUGUACCUCUUGGGAUUUAUUGUUUGGAAACCAUGGAGGCAACAGUGUACUCGUGGGUUUCGUGGAAGGCAUGCAACUUUUUUUGCAGAUGCUGAAGGUUAUUUUGCUCCUUGUACAACAGAUAACACUGUAAACAGUUCUCUGAGUGAACCUUUAUAUGUUCCUGUAAAGUUUCACGAUUUGCCAACUGAAAAAAAUGGCAGUAAUAAUAGUGAUGCAGAGAAAACUCCCAAAAAGCCUCGUGUAAGGUUCAGUAAUAUUAUGGAGAUUCGACAACUCCCAUCGAGCCAUGCAUUGGAAGCAAAGUUGUCUCGCAUGUCAUAUCCAACGGUUAAGGAGCAGGAAUCAAUAUUAAAAACUGUAGGAAAACUCACUGCAACUCAAGUAGCAAAAAUUAGCUUUUUCUUUUGCUUUGUGUGGUUCUUGGCAAAUUUCUCUUACCAAGAAGCUCUGUCAGAUACCCAAGUUGCUAUAGUUAAUAUUUUGUCAUCAACCUCUGGGCUUUUUACUUUAAUCUUAGCUGCAGUCUUUCCCAGUAACAGUGGAGAUAGGUUUACCCUGUCGAAAUUAUUAGCUGUUAUUUUAAGCAUUGGUGGUGUGGUACUUGUUAACCUUUCUGGAUCUGAGAAAUCUGCUGGAAAAGAUACAAUAGGUUCCCUUUGGUCUCUUGUAGGAGCAAUGCUGUAUGCUGUGUACAUAGUGAUGAUAAAAAGGAAAGUAGAUAGAGAAGAUAAACUUGACAUACCAAUGUUCUUUGGUUUUGUAGGGCUGUUUAAUCUGUUGCUGCUGUGGCCAGGGUUUUUCCUGCUUCACUAUACUGGGUUUGAAGCAUUUGAGUUUCCCAAUAAACUGAUAUGGAUGUGCAUUGUCAUUAAUGGCCUUAUCGGAACAGUUCUGUCAGAGUUCCUCUGGCUGUGGGGCUGCUUUCUUACCUCAUCACUGAUAGGCACACUUGCGCUAAGCCUUACAAUACCUCUGUCUAUAAUAGCUGACAUGUGCAUGCAAAAGGUGCAGUUUUCCUGGUUAUUUUUUGCAGGGGCAGUCCCUGUAUUUUUUUCUUUUUUCAUUGCAACUCUCUUAUGUCACUAUAACAACUGGGAUCCAGUGAUGGUGGGAAUCAGAAGAAUUUUUGCCUUUAUUUGUAGAAAACAUCGAAUUCAGAGAAUGCCAGAAGAAAGUGAGCAGUGUGAAAGUCUCAUUCCUAUGCAUAGUGUUUCACAAGAUGGAGACAGUUGCUGUUCGUAGACAAAAGUUUAAAAAUGGAAUAAUGCCCAGCGAAGAGACAAUCUUCUGGAAAAGUCCCUAAGGAAUCAUGUUUCAGUGCCUAUUCUGAAUUUGUAGUAGAAAUAAGAAGUUUCAGUUCUUUUGAAACUCUAAACUUUUCCUCUUUCUUGCUUUCAUCUGGUUUUAUAAAUGAACAAAUUUACUACAUGCCUAUCACCAUAGGGAGUCUUAGCCCAUCUGAGCAACCAACCUGCCUUAUAACACUGAGCUUGUGAAGUUACUUGACAAAAUCAACAAAACAAAUGCUGUUAAGUGAUUUCUUUCUUUUUUGAACUCACAAUUUUGUUAAAUGCUGGAAAAUAUUAUUUUUAAAAAAUACUUCCAAAUGAGUUAUGUAAAUAAGUUGCAGGUCAUCAAGUCUUACAGGCUUUCAGAUGAAAAGCUAAAUAGAUAUGUUACCUGUAAUAGGUACAAGUUAACUUUUUUAUGUUGUAUAAACUAUUUGCAUAUUAAUAGAAGAAAAUUGAAAAAUAAUUUAUUAAGUACAUUCUUGUAAUUAUUGAGGCAGGAUCUUUGUAUGGUCCUAGAACACUACAUAUAUAUUGUCUUAUGCCAUUUUGAGAAGCCUUGUAAUGGGUGCUGAUGUUUAAAAAUCUUUUGUUACCUAACAAUCUGGAAUGUUUAAAAUUUUAGUGGAUGGCAAAAUAUUUCUAAUUACAGUACAUUCGAGUGUACAUUCUCAAAAUCAAUAUUUGUUUUAAACAGACUGAUUCUGUAACCCAUUCUUAUUCCCAGUUAUCUCACAUGGAAAACUAAAUUUGAAAGUUUUCACAUGUAUAGCUGCCAAGUUAUAAAAGAGAUCAAAUUAAUUGUGAAAGUUUUCAGUCAAUGGGUUGGCACUACAGUAAUCUGCUAAACAGUCUGAAAGAUAAAGGUGUUUGCAUUGAUUUUUUUUUUUCCAGUGGCAUUAAUAAAUUUAUCCUAAAAUUGAUCAUUUUCUGUAUAACUUGUAUCUUCCUUUCAGUGCAGUGCUUCUGUCCUAUGUGAUUCUGAAAAGUUAUGAAUAAUUAUAUUCAGGAAUAUUUGAAAUCAGUCAGUGCCAUUUUCCAACUUCUAGCCUAUAAGACACUUAUAUUAAAGUUAAUUUUGGCUUUUGAUGGAUUUUUUUUUAAAUAAUAAAUGUAGGAUGGAUUUUCGGCCAACAGUAUUCUUUUCCACGUAACAAGUUUAUUAAUAAUAAUCCUUCCACAAAAAUACAGAAGGAUGACAUAACACAAAUGCCUUUUCAUGUUUUGACACUCAGUAAUGAUCCUUCCAAAAGAAAUUUUGGUAGUUUGGUGAUACAGCUAUUAGAUGAGAGGGAAUGCAGGAAAGCAACGUGCUUAGCUAUACAUUUAGAAGGAUUGAUGAGCCAGCAGCUAGAAUUUCAUGUAAAAAUCUGUAAGUAGAGAAGGAAAAAAAAAUGAACCUGGGGGCUAUUCUGGUCAAAUAUUGCACCUUUCUCAAAUUUUUCCUUCCAGUUUUUAAUACUGGAUUACACUACAAGUUUCAGUGAUCUGAGGCAUCUCUUUAAGAUGAGAUAGUAAGUCCUUCUUUGGACACCUGAAAUAGGAAUUUAAAAAAAACAAAAACACCACAAACCCAAAACAAACAAAAAGUUUAUUAAAUUUAUGUAGGCAUUUUAAGAAACUUCACAUUUCAAUUCCAAAACCCCACAAGUAGAGGGGUUGAAAAUCCAGUAUGUAGAACUAAUUUUACAUUUG